AUGGACUCUAUGACUAUAUUUACGGCCUGGCUUGGCCUUUUUUCUGUAGCUUUCACCUUUAUGCCUUUAGGUUUAGUAUUUGAUUGGAAGCGUAGAGGAACUGCUGAUGGAUUUUCAUCAAUUAACCUCGUCUUGCCUGUUGUUGUAACUAGUUGUUGGUUGAAACAUGGAUUUUUGACAAAUGAUUUAACAAACAUUCGAAUUAAUAGUGUGAACAUUUGCUUUUUUGUUUUCUACGUCUUAGCUUUCGGGUAUUAUCAGCCAAAGAGGAAGUAUCUUCUCAUUCAGCUAUCGACUGCCCUCAUUACACUUCUUUCUAUACAACUCUAUGUUGAAAGCCAAGAUUCUGCUAUCAAGGCUGAUACUAUGGGUUCCAUUGCUGCUAUGUCUCAAAUCUUAAGUUUAGCUGGAGGUAUUUAUGAAAUAAAACGUGUGAUAAGCAUGGGACACACUGAGUACGUGCCAGCUACAUUCCAAUUCCUUCUGUUCUUCCUUAUCGGCCAAUGGUUACUAUUCGGUAUCUUAACGAACAACAUCUAUAUUGCCGCGGCUAAUGCAGCUGGUUUAAUCGUGAAUAUCAUAACAAUCGCUUUAUAUUUCGUAUAUCCACCACUAACCUGGCGUGUACCAAUCAUUGGCACUGGACCCCAACAGAAGAAAACGGAUUAG